AUGUUCCCUACAGCUGUUGUCGCUGAAAUAGAGCAAUUAUGGUGCACAAGCUAUGAACAGCGAUGCCGAAAGAAUAACCCUACAUUCAUAUACUACAUUGCCAAAGUCAGCGAUAUCAAAAAGCAGAAUGACAGCCUUAUUAAAGAAAUCAGGGAACUCGUUCGGCAAAUCCGGGAGCAAAGAGAUGCAGCCAGCUACAAGACCUCCAACGAUAAGCUGAUUGAUUUCAUAAAGAAAUUGAGCGCAAAGAUUCAAGAAGCAGAAAACGUUAGCAAAGCCGACUUGAUCAAGCAAUGGAGCCAAGUAUUGUCCAACAUUGAAUGCAUUCGUAAUUGA